GUGAUCAGAGUGUAGAGACCGUUGCUGAUGCCCCAGUUGGAAUCCUUGUCUAUCAUCCUGAUGAAGACGGGAUCUGGUUUUAAUAAGAUGGCGCGACAUCCCAAACCGCCAGCAGUAGCAGUUGUAAACGAAAUGUUUAGGGGAAGGUUGAUAUCGCGACGACGGGGCAUUCCGUGGCCUCCCCGGAGCCCAGAUCUCACACCACUAGAUUUUUUCUCUGGAGAUAACUCAAGAGCCGCGUUUACGGCAAUAAACCGUCGACGAUUGUCCAGUUCAAUCUCAAUAUUUCCGAGGAGAUUUCCACUAUACGAGGGAUGUCUUUUAAGUUUUGCAUAUAGAAACAUAGUAGGCCGCGCGGAUCGAAAGUCAGUACUGAAUCUUAACCUCACUCUUUAGUAAACUUAAAUUCAAAGUUUCAC